CAACAUAGGCUCAAGAAAAACAACUCUCAUAGCGAGGCUAGAAAAAUCUAAGAAGUGGCACCUUUUCUUGGAAUCGGUCGAAGCUCUAGCGUUCCCUUCACUCCUCCCCGCCUUUCCCCGUUCCAAUCCAUUAUUCCGAAUAAAAUCAACCAAAGAUCAGUUUGCUAUGCACAGUUCGCUAUAACACAUCGUUGACAAUGUGCGAUAAAUCCGAUAUCAUCGAAUGCCAGCGUACCUUGCGACUCCUGGAGAUGCUGCGACGUACACACUACGAACUUGUACAGGAAAACGGCCAGCGACGAUUAACGGCGCCAGAAGUGGCACGCGGUGAACAACGACGCGCUAAGGGCGCGGAAGUGUUCCUGGGCCGGUUGCCGCGUGACUGCUACGAGGACGAGCUGAUGCCAAUAUUGGAACAGGUGGGCCGAUUGGUUGAGCUGCGGCUGAUGCUGGACUUCUCCGGGUCGACGCGCGGUUACGCGUUCGCGCUUUACGAGGAAUCGCAGAUCGCCCGGAAGGCGUGCAUACUUCUCGACGGCUACGAAAUCCGUCCCGGUCAUCAUAUCGGCGUGGUUAAAUCCAUGGACAACUGUCGGCUCUUCUUCGGUGGCGUGCCUAAGACCAAGACCAAGCCGGAGUUCAUAGAGGAGCUGACCAAGCUUCUGGACGGCAUCGUCGAUAUUUACCUGUAUCCGAGCGCGUACGAUCGCAACCUCAAUCGUGGUUUCAUCUUCGUCGAAUUCACUGAUCAUCGCGCGGCCGCGAUGGCCCGACGUAAGCUUAUACCCGGAAAAGUGACUCUCUGGGAUCACGAAAUCGCAGUGGAUUGGGCGGAUCCAGAGCCGGGCGAUCCGAUCGACGAGACCAUCAUGGAAACGGUGACGGCUCUGUUCGUAAGGAACCUCACGCUGGAUAUGUCGCAGCAAAAGGUGAGGGAGAUUUUCUACAGGUAUACAAACGUGCCGAUAUUGAAGCUGAAGAAGAUCAAUCAUUUCGCUUUUAUUCACUACGAGAAUCGCAAAGCCGCGCAGACUGUAAUGGACAUAAUGCAGAGAUCGGGUAGCAUUAUUGAGAAGGAAGGGUGGGAAAUUCGCUGGGCGAAGCCAAUCGGAGCAUCGAAGAUCCUAGAAAGACAACGGCACAUUCGCGAGGCGGUGGAGAACCGAGACGGUGGUCAGACGACUAAAAACUCGAGUCCAAAACAAGUCCAGAAGAAGAAACGCUGUAGCAAGACGCUCAUGAAAAUGCAAGACGACGAAAACGUUUAUAUAGCGCAGAUGAAGGUCCUGCAGAAUUUUGUCAAAGAGAGAUUCGACGCGACGUGCACUUUCAAUUUCGUUCCUGUGUCAAAUUCACAAGAUUUUGUCGGCAGAAUAAUAAUUCAAAGGGAUCAAAUGCUCUUGUACGAGCUUCAAGGGGAGCCGAUGGCGUCAAAGUGUAAAGCCAUGAGCGCGGCAUCCGUUAAAAUGUACCAGUAUUUGACAAGCACUCUUGCGAAUCAUGUGCCGCAACCAUUUGAACAAUAUUAUGUUGAGCCAGAAGUCGCUGUUCCAAUUUUCUCUUCCAAUCUUGCGAUUGGCGUGCCAAUGACUCAAAAUUAAAUUUAUGGCUUUAAUGUUUGUCUUUUUAAAAUUUUUAAUUAUUCGUUGUUGUUUACGAGAAACUUAUUGACACUAUAAAAAAAGGCUAAAGUCUUUCACUCAUACUUCUUAUCAUUUGAUUUUUAAUCCAAAUAAUUUACUAAUAGCGUUCGUUAAUCAGGCAUUUUAAUUUCAUACUGAUUUUAAGUUACAAUUCUGAGACAAUGUACUUUCGAAAAAGUAAGAUAUAUAUUCCAAGUUAUUAAAACUUGUAAAAUUUUAAUCUAUAUAACAAAUGUUCACAUAAUGCAUAUAGCUAUAUUUUAAUAAUAAUAAUAAUAUUGAUUUAAAAUGGCCAAAAUUUCUUAAUUAAAAAAUUAAUAUUAAAUUGCGAUUGCAAAGACAAUGUGUCUUCAAAAAAGUAUCUAUAUAUUUCAAUCUAAAUUAUUCUUUAUAAAAUUCAAAUGCUUGAUGAAAUUGUAUCUUGUAGAACAAAUAUGAUACACACGAACAUUUUUACACAACUGGCCAUUUUAAAAAAUUUAUUUACGUAACAUGAUGAACUCAUUAUCGAAAUGUAUUUGCUCGUACGUUUAAUGAUUCAGAAAAUGUGAUAUUGCAAGUUUUAUAUAAUACAAAAGAUUUUAACUUUAUUUGUUACUCAUAUAAAAAAGUAUUUUAAAUCAUUACA